AAUUAUAGAUCUAUUUGCUUUAGUUCUGAGAGAGAAGGAGGCUAAGCUGUAUUGCUCUCUGUCAUAAUAUACCUUACAAUGUUCAAAUAUUUGAUCAUAUUCUUGGAGUUCAUUCCGCUAAUUGUUGCUCCUGGUCAUAGUCUAAUACCAACAUUCAGUUUUGAAGCAGCAAUGCUGUCUGUCUCUGAGGGAGACAAUUCUGUUGAGGUUUGUAUUUCUGCUCAUGAUGGAAACUCUCCACCUUAUGUAUUAAAUGUAUCAACUGAUGGAGAUGCAGCUCUACAUUCAGACUAUGUAGUCCCUGAUCCUUUUGAUUUUACAUUCCCUGUUACAGACAUAAGUGUAUGCAAUAAUGUAACAAUCGUAAAUGACAGAUUGAGUGAAAAAAACGAGACUUUGAUCUUAACUAUUCCUAGCAGUAGCAGUGGCUCAUACGAACUUGGAUCCAUCACUACAUUGACCAUUACUAUCGUUGAUGAUGAUGUAACAGAUUGCCCUAGUUGCAAGGAUCGCUUGUUUCUUUUUGUUUGCAAGAAUAAAGAGAUGAGAGGAGAUCUUUUACCAUUGCCUUGUUCAUCUCUACUGGCUGAGAAUCCAUAAAUGCAAACUCAAAUUACAUAUUGUAGGCCUUUGAAAAGACAUUCUUCCAUUCAAUUGUUUGCAAACAAACUAUUCAUUAAUGAAAUUAAGAAUUAUGCCUCAUUAAUGAGUCACACACAUUACUACUACUUCUAAAGAUUAAUAUUUUGUUUUUUCUGUACCAAUCAAUAACCAAUAUAUGGCA